AUGGCCAGGCCAGUGGACCGAGCGGAGGCCGAGGCCAUGACCUCAGGAGCUGCCUCACGGUUACGGCGGCUCCAGGGGCACUUGGGCGCCUCGGAGGCCAGUGAGGACACAGGGACAGGACUCCAACUACCGGCUACCCAGGGCAGCGGCAUGGAGCCCCCCAGCAGCCCACUGACCACACACGUACUGGAUACCACCUCGGGGCUGCCAGCCCGGGGCCUCUCCCUCAGUCUUUCCAGGCUGGAGGGCCAAGGCCAGCAGUGGAUGGAGCUGAGGAAAAGCUACACCAACACAGAGGGCCGCUACCCUGGGCUCCUGGAGCCAGGCCAGAUGAAGGGAGGCACCUACAAGCUGUUCUUUGACACCGAGGGCUACUGGAAGCAGGGGCAGGAGAGCUUCUACCCCUACGUGGAGGUGGUCUUCACCAUCACCAAUGAGACGCAGAGGUUCCACAUGCCCCUGCUCCUGAGUCCAUGGUCCUACACCACCUACCGUGGGAGCUAG